GGUUCAUUCAAAUAUGGCAGCUGCUAUGUGAAGUUGAAUUGUUGAAUGGAGUUUACUACUGAAUAUCAUGUUAGUACGUUCAGAAGAAAUCGCUUGAGAGAAAGCUGAGCUGUCAUUGAGCUUUUUAUUUACAUACUUCAAAUUGUGUUCGAACUGCACAUACCAUAAUUCAGAAGGGAACGGUAGUUGUAAACUGAAGUCCUGCAGAGUGAUUGAAUUUUGUCAACGAAUGUUAUGUGUAUGUGAUACCCAGGAAUCCUUUUUUUAUCUGAAACAGUUUGGAAUUGUAUCAUACAACUUAGAAGGCAAGGAUGUGUAAAAACCUCUCGUCAAGUGCGCUUAGGAACUGAAAAUCGUGAAAUUGAGAACCUAAAAGUGUCAAAUCAGUGACGUAUUUUUUGUUUAUAAUUGAAUAAUGUCAUUUUUUGCUGUGAAUACCGAAUGUGGCUCAGAAAAAAAUUCGAAGCAUGUGCGUCAGUAGAACUUGCAUAGUUCGCCGUGUAAGUUAUACGAAAAUAUGUACGAAUUUGGUUAACGAUACGUAAUUUUUUUUAUUGAGCAAUAACGAUGCACCCAUCCAAUAAAGAUGACACAAGUUCCAAAAUUUCGUGCAUAUAUGACACACCCUGUGAUCCCAAAGAUAGUGACUAUGAGAAACUUUUUUGUCCCAAUAAUGAGCUGUCAGAGCCCCCAAGAAAUAGAUGUGAUAGGCUCAAGACUGGUUCCUCCUGUCAGGCCUUAAAACAUGCCGUCUCAGCCCUGCACCGCUUAGACGAUUUCCACAAGGAGAAAAUUGGUUCUGGCUUCUUUUCGGAGGUCUUCAAGGUCACGCACAAGGUCAACGGCGCCGUGAUGGUGCUCAAGAUGAACCAGCUGCGCUCCAACAGGCGCAACAUGCUCAAGGAGGUGCAGCUCAUGAACAGACUCUCGCACCCGAACAUACUCAGCCUGAGGGGGGUGUGCGUGCACGAGGGUCAGUUGCACGCCCUCACCGAAUACAUCAACGGCGGCUCCCUCGACCAGCUGGUGCAGAACAUGGACGUCGAUCUGCCGAUGGCCACCAGGAUAUCGCUGGCCUACGACAUCUCCUGCGGCAUGGAGUACCUCCACGCCAACGGGGUAUUCCACAGGGACCUCACGAGCAGGAACGUCCUGGUGAAGCACCUAGACGGCGGCAAGAUGCAGGCGGUGGUCGGCGACUUCGGCCUGGCCGCCCCCAUCCCACCUGCCGACUCCAAGACCAAGCUGGGAACCGUGGGCUCGCCCUACUGGAUGUCCCCGGAGUGCAUCAAGGGCAAAUUCUACAACCAACUGAGCGACGUCUUCAGCUACGGCAUCGUCCUCUGCGAGAUGAUCGCCAGGGUGGACUCUGACCCGGACAUGCUGCCCCGCACCAACAACUUCGGCCUCGACUACCUCGCCUUCACCGAGCUGUGCGACCUGCGCAUCAUUGUACCUGACUUUCUGAAACUGGCCUUCAGAUGCUGUGCAGUUGAACCAGACCAACGUCCCACGUUCACCGAGAUCAGAAGGUGCCUGAAAGAAGUAAUGACUGAAUUGGACGCGUUCGGAGUCCGAAAAGAAGCGGACAAGGGGGGAUACGUGGCCAAGAGUGAAGAGCAGCUGCCCGGCCUUCUGUCGGUGCAAUCUUCUGCGCCCCAACACAGAAAACUAAUACACAGGAGGUCUCUUUCCGAGGACGUCUCUGUCCUGACCCUGUCCAUGUUCGGCUCUCCAAGCGACAAGGCCCGAAGACACGCCAUCCACAUGUGCCAACAGGACCCACACUACAAACCCCGCACUACCAACCCGUUCGCCUCCCUGGCGCAAUUCAGGGGCGUCAAAAAGUUCCUGGGUAACUUCUCCUCCUGCUGCGAGCUGCCCUCCUACGUUCCCGCCGCGAACGACACGCCCAAAUCGCUGCCCGGUUCCCCCACCGCGGCCAGGAAGCACGCCAGCACUCGUUCCCCCCUCUACGUCCAUCCGCUGUUCAGGGCGGGGUCAAGCACCAACCUGUCCGACUCCGGCACGUUGGAACCUGUACCGUGCAUGCGUCGACGCGGCUCGUGUGAGUCGGGUUUCUACUCUAGCGUGGGAGAGUGCCUUUCGCCCAAUUCCUUCUGGGACAGCGGGACGGCUGUUAGUUCUUUAAGGUCUUUGGACGAGCUGGAGCCUGCAGAACUCCACGCCCUCUGUAAACGCGCGUCCUCUAUCUACACAGACAGCAGCGAGGAUAUAUCCAGCCUCACAGGUUCCGAAUGGACCACGCAGGAUCUUCAGCCCAACAUUUCGGUUAUAGUGGAUUAUUUCGAGAGGAAGGGCGCCACCUUGCGGCAUCCCGGCGGGGUCAGAGGUGGCCUACAGUUGAGCUCUAGGAUAGCCGCCUUGCGUAGAUCCCUAGAGAGACACGGUAACGUCAGCGUUUCCGUUUCCGGGACCAAUCACCACGUCCCGCAGCGUCCAAAGUGUUCCAGACUGGUGAUCUGCGAAGGUGCUGUCAAAUCCAAGUUGCCUCUUUUCGAUAAGAAGUAGGCUCAGGUGUCUUCCCUUCAAUCUUCCUGUUGUCGUUCUUUGUGGUUUCUUCUAGUCAAAAUGUCUAUAACGAGCUGGCCUAUCUACUCGAAAAGUUGUGAAAGACUAAGAUUGCCUAAAGUCCGGUGGCUGAUUACCGGACACUUAUCGAAGAACCACUGAAAAUCAUUUUAACAAGUGCUGGAACCCCACCCCGGACAAUCCUUUAGAGUAGUAUCCUGAAGAUUCACUUGCUUAGAUCGAAGUUUAUAGUUGAAUGAUUUUAUUUUACUUCAGACAUUGGAUACUGGGGAUUGUGUCCCGGUUGGGGUACUUGAGUUCGAGGUAGCUAAUCCAAACUGUCCAGUAUUAGGUAAUGAAUAAAAUGUAAAUAACGUUUAAGACUGAAUUUUCACAUCUUAUAUUAGAGAUCAAGUUUGAGAGAUGUAAAAAAUUGUAUUUUUCUCGGUAUUUAUGACGCUAUAUUUUCAUAAAUUCGAAAAUCUUCGAUUGUACAGCCUGUAUCAGGCCUAUACAGGGAUCGUGGUAGGAUUGUUAAAAUGAUUUUCACAUUUUUUUCUUCAUGUUCCUUGUAGAGAAUUUAUAGAGGCGAUAACCAAAAACGAUCAAUAUUUUGUUUACGAAAUCGUCUUUCGUUAUCGCCGUUGAACAGAACGUUUUUUAAUUGGUGAUGAAAAAUUGAUUAAUUUUAAUACAUACGAAGCAUACUUUUGUUGCUAUGAAGAAGUGGUUAUAUAAUUAUUUAGAUGAAGCUGACCGUCCAAGUGUUUGAUAUAUUGGUGAAAAUUUGUUGAGUUGGCAAAACGGUCUGUUUGUUGUAUCUUCCAAUGUCUUGUCAAUAAAACUGUAUACUAAUAUUUAGCGAAUAUAAAUAAUUUUUCAUU